AUGCCACAACGCGCACUGGUCAGUAAGGGAGAAAUUCCCAGCGCUGGAGCAUCGGACGGUAGACAGCUCAAGAUCCCUGCUACCGGAAGCCUGCCCUCUCAGUGCUUUUCACACGCGGAACUGCCAGGGGGGUCUCUCUUGAAUUGCGGAGAUGUGGCAGGGGGUGGUGCUAGUGGUGCUCGGAAUGGUGCUGGUGAUAUUGGGAGUGGUGCUUGUGGUGCUGAGAGUGGGAACGGGAGUGGUGCUAGUGGUGCUGGGAGUGGGAACGAGACUGGUGUAGGGGCAGGUACAAACGGUGCUGGGAGUGGUGCUAGUGGUGCUGGGAGUGGUGCUAGUGGUGAUGGGAGUGGUGCUAGUGGUGCUGGAAGUGGUUCUAGUGGUGUUGGGAGUGGUGCCAGAGGUGCUAGGAGUGGUAACGGGAGAGGUGCUGGAAGUGGUGCCGGGAUUGGUGUAGGGAACAACGCUAGUGGUGCUGGGUGUGGUGCUAGGGGCAAUGCUGGGAGUGGAGGUGCGGAUGGGAGUCCAGACCACCGCGCUAAUCCGCACACGGCUUCUGGCACAGAAAGGAAUCGGGGGGCAAACACGUUGGGAGAGGAACGUGCACAGGAGAAGAGGCGCAAGCGACAGCUGUCCAACUGUGCGUCCUCACGCCGAGCGCGGCAGCGGCAGCACGACCGCCUGGCAGAGCUCGAGUUCGACGCUGCAAAGCUGAAGUUAGACAAUGCGAGUGCGCAGCGGCGGUUGGCGGAAGCUAAUGAGCAAAUGUGGCAGUUCCAAGUGCGGAACGAGCGAUCGGAGCAGGAAGUGAGGCGUCUACGGCUGGAGUUGAGAGAAAUCAAGCUGUCGGGGAACUUCGAUGAGGAUGGGAAUGUGGAGAAGGGUGAAGCAUUCGUGCUGAGCGAGCAAGGUGCUGAUCGUACCCUCCGCGCCCUCCACGCCCUCACCGCGCGCCUAGCCCGGCCCCUCCCACUGUCGCGCCCUCCCCCUGCCCGUCGCGCCCUCCCCCCUGACCGUCGCGCCCUCCCCCUGCCCGUCGCGCCCUCCCCCUGCCCGUCGCGUCGCCUCCCUUCCCCCUGCCCGUCGCGUCGCCUCCCCUUCCCCUCCCCGUCGCGUCGCCUCCCCUCCUCCUGCCCGUCGCGUUCGCCUCCCCUCCUCCUGCCCGUCGCGUCGCCUCCCUUCCCCCUGCCCGUCGCGUCGCCUCCCCUCCUCCUGCCCGUCGCGUCGCCUCCCCUCCUCCUGCCCGUCGCGUUCGCCUCCCCUUCCCCUGCCCGUCGCGUCGCCUCCCUUCCCCCUGCCCGUCGCGUCGCCCUCCCCUCCCAAUCCCGUCGCCCUCCCUUGCCCGUCGCAUCAACCUCCCAUCCCCGCCCAUUUCCCACCGUCAGAUCCUCCUCCCGCCCAUUUUCACCGUCGCAUUCGGCCUCCCCGCCCCUCUCUCACUGUUCAUCACCUUAG